AUGUCAAGUCACCGCUCCCUUCAUCUCACGCGUGAAUUCAGCCCCAUCGGUGACAGACUCGGGCCGUUUCCCAGUGUCUAUUUGAAGCGAGAAGAUCUCCUUUCCACCACAUUCAUCGACCCGCCUCGUCCUAGCACUUCUCCCAGUCCUCCCACCUCUGGACUUCCCCAUCUCAUCGAGGACUCAGAUAUCAUGUUCUCCCGUCCCUCGGAAUCAUCGACCCGCAGAAGAGCUUUAGAAGAGAAUGAUGAGGUCAUUGUGAACGACCUAAGGGGAUUCUUCUCGCGUGACAAACAACAUAUCGAGAUUUCGGAUUCUGACUUUGAGCCAAAAGGAGAAGACGACAACGAUGACGACGAUGAGGAAGAAACGGUACAGCCACGGUCAUCGAAAUACGACGUGAUACCACCUGCGAGACCUUUUGUUCAAGUCACCACAACAACCACAUAUUCCACCCCUCGCCGAAGUGCUCGAGUACAGCCGGCGUCACCUGUGAACACAAAAUCUUCGACCUCCACGACGCCUCGUACUUCGACUGAAUCUCGUUUCAGCGGUCGAAGUGGUCACAUUCGAGCAGACCCGCUAUCAGAAGGAUCUCUUUUCAAACAGGUCACCACCACUACCGAGGACGAACUUGAUAAGAAUAAUUUGGACGACACAGCAGAACCAGUCUUCGUCGAACGAAAUCUGCGGAAGAGGACUGUUAAGCAAACGAACCCGUACAAAUUCGAUAAAUACAAAUAUCAGUUAUCAGUGAAGACUGGCCAGGAAGCGAGUUCAAAGAAGGUGGAAAACGCUAUUAAGGAAGCGAUUAGAGUGAAUGGAAAACAACCGAUAACCAAACUUACGACCACAGAAAGGAAGAUCACGCACAAACGCCGUCGAGCCAGCUCGCCUCCGGUGGAUAUUGAUCUUGACAAUACCUUUGACCCAGCACGAACUACCUUGCGAGUGCGAUUAGACGGGUUUCAAGGCGGCGCAGCAACUCCAAUUACCCUGAGUGAAUGCAAUAACAAUGACAGGUUGAUCGAGUUUAUUCACAAGAGCUGGGAAUGGAAAUUCCAGGGUCUCAGCUUCUCCCAUGCAAUUGUAUCAUUUCCGUGGCUGAGCAAUCGAUCGACUAUUCUCCUCCGCCCCGGCCUGGACGAGAGUUUCGAGCACAUGAUGGUCGAAAUACAAAAUGCACCUAUCUGGCGGGAGGGGGCACAAGGAAGAUGCGAUGUUGAGGUGACUGUACACUUGUAUUAA